CUCCAGAAGACCGACCAUUGAGAGAGAGACUGCUGGAAACCCAGUCGUCACAAUAACCAGGUUUCUUCCAUACCUGUCGCUCAUGCCGGACAACGGAGCCGCCUAUCGGCUCCACCUCACCCAUGAAAAUGUCGAAGAGCUAGACCACAGCCGGCCAGCCCCGAGUCGCUCAUGGGCCGCGCGGGGGAGCUCCAUAUAUAUAAGCAUAGAAUGUGCCGCACACGAUCAUGCAUCGUGUGCUCUACCAAUCUAUCAUAAUUACACUGCGUGAAUCGACGCAAACUUGGAGAAGAUGAAAGAGUCGGUGCACCAAGCGGAGCAAACCCAGCCCAAGGGCUACGUCGAGCACGUCGAGCCCAUCACGGCCGAAUGGCGCGUCGACGAGGCCGUCAAAACGAGAUGGUCGUCCAUCACUUCCAAUCCCAAGAUUAUGCUUAUAGCCCUGUUUGCGUCCUUCGGCGGUUUCGAAUACGGCUACCAACAAGGCAUCCUCUCUCAGUCCCUCGUCAUGUACCGCUUCACCACCAACUUCCCCACUGUCGUCUCCUCCAGCAGUGCCACCGGCUGGCUCACCUCGAUCCUCCAACUAGGCGGCAUCGUCGGGUCGCUCUCGGCGGGUCUCCUAGGCGAGAUGUUCUCCCGCAAAUACACCAUGUUCAGCGCCUGCUGCUGGACCAUUCUCGGCAGCUACCUGUACGUCGGUGCCGCCCCUGGAAACCCCGCUUUGCUGUACGCGGGUCGCUUCUUCACGGGUUUGGGGGUGGGAACGUUCAGUGGUGUUGGCCCGUUGUAUAAUGCGGAGAUUUCGGCGCCUGAGACGAGGGGGUUUAUCGUUAGUUUUUAUCAGUUUGCCACCAUUUUGGGCAUUAUGUUGAGUUUUUGGAUUGGGUACGGGAGUAACUAUAUUGGAGGCACCGGGGAGGCACAGUCGGAUUUGGCGUGGAGGCUGCCGUCCAUCAUUCAGGGGAUCCCGUCGGUGUUGCUGGCUGUUGGUAUCUGGUGGAUGCCGUUCUCGCCUCGGUGGCUGGUUAAGGUCGGGAAGUACGAGAAAGCUAGGGAGACGCUGGCUUGGCUGCGGAAGAAGGAUAUUGACGAUGAGUUGAUUGAGCUUGAGUUUUUGGAGAUCAAGGCCGAGGCUCUGUUUGAGCAGAGGGUGUUCGAAAAGAACUUUCCCAAGCUUGCUGCGCAGGAGAAGAAGAGUGUCCUUAUCCGGGAACUGUCGGGAUAUGUCCACCUCUUCAGGUCCUGGGAUAAUUUCAAGCGGGUGUCCACCGCAUGGCUGGUCAUGUUCUGGCAGCAAUGGAGUGGUAUUGAUGCUAUCAUCUACUACGCGUCCAACGUCUUCCAGAGCUACGGUUUCUCGGAAGGAACAAUUGCCCUCCUGGCAACUGGAGUGACCGGCUCUGUGUUCAUGAUCAGCACCCUCCCUGCCAUGUUCCUCAUUGAUCGCCUGGGACGUAAGCACAUGCUCAUGUCUGGAUCCAUCGUCAUGUUCAUCUCCAUGGUCACUGUCGGAAUCAUCGUCGCCAAAUUCCGCCACGACUGGCCCCACCACCGUGAUGCCGGCUGGGCUGCCGUUGUGCUCAUCUGGAUAUACAUCGCCGGAUUCGGUUACGGAUGGGGCCCUGCAAGUUGGGUCCUCGUCUCUGAAGUCUUCCCCCUCUCCAUCCGUGCUCGUGGCGCGUCAAUAGGCGCCUCGAGCAACUGGCUCAACAAUUUCGCUAUUGCCUUCCUAGUCCCCAAACUCUUCGACGUCUGGGCCUGGGGUACCUACAUCUUCUUUGCCGUUUUCCUUUUCGGCGGAUUUAUGUGGGUCUGGCUUGUUCUUCCGGAAACCAAGAACGCUACGCUCGAGGACAUGGACCGUGUGUUCGGGUCCAAGACCGGUGCUGAGGAUUUGGUUAUGCUGGCUCAGGCACAAAGGGAUGUGGGAUUGUUGGAUUAUCUAGGCAGACGUUCGGAGGGGGUUAAGCUGGAUGGGGUGGGGGAGAAGGGGUCGCCUAUUUGA